AUGAGCUCCAGCCAGCCAGGGACCUGCCCAUGCCAGGGCUCUGCAGGUCGCCCAGCCAUCCUGUAUGCACUUCUAAACCCUAACCUCGGAGCCAGCACGGCCACCGACGUGUCCCCAUCCCGCAGCCACUGCUUGUGCCAGCAGCACAGGCCUGUCCGCCUGUGUGCUCCACACCGCACCUGCCGGGAAGCCUUAGAUGUCCUGGCCAAGACAGUGGCCUUCCUCAGGAACCUGCCAUCCUUCUGCCAGCUGCCUCCUGAGGACCAGAGGCGACUGUUGCAGAGCUGCUGGGGGCCCCUGUUCCUGCUCGGGUUGGCUCAAGACACUGUCACUUUCGAGGUGGCUGAGGCCCCAGUGCCCAGCAUACUCAAGAAGAUCUUGCUGGAAGAACCCAGCACCAGUGCUACCAGCGGCCAAAUGCCAGACCGGCCCAGACCCUCACUGGCUGCGGUGCAGUGGCUUCAGCGCUGCCUGGAGUCCUUCUGGAGCCUUGAGCUCAGCUCCAAGGAGUAUGCCUACCUGAAGGGGACCAUCCUCUUCAGCCCAGAUGUGCCAGGCCUCCAUGCCUCCUCCCUCAUCGGGCACCUGCAGCAGGAGGCUCACUGGGCACUGUGUGAAGUCCUGGAGCCCUGGCACCCAGCUGGCCAAGGCCGAUUGGCCCGAAUUCUCCUCAUGGCAUCCACUCUCAAGAACAUUUCGCCCACCCUUCUCGUAGACCUCUUCUUCUACCCCAUUAUUGGAGACGUGGACGUUGCUGGACUGCUUGAGGACAUGCUUUUGCUGAGGUGA